AUGGCGUCGGAGAUCACCUAUGCCGAGGUGAAGUUUAAGAAUGCACCACCACCUGCAGAGGCCAAAGUUUCUUCACCCUUAGCACACCCAGAGAAGAGAAUAUCCCAGAGUGCACCCCAGAAGCACACCCAGUGGCUCCCAUGGCUGAUUGCUGCACUAUUGCUGCUGUUGGCUGUCUCUCUCCUCAUCGCCCUCAUUGUUACCCAAGUUGGCCUCAGGACAAAUCAAAGUUGUGAAGAGUACGAGAUGGUGAGGCAAUAUCUCAGGAAGAGGAACUGUGUUGAAGAAGAACCUGAAGGGAAAGAGCAAGUCUGGACGUGCUGCCCCAGGGGCUGGGAGCCCUUUCAGGCCAGCUGCUACUACUUCUCUAACGACUUUAUGACCUGGGAUGACAGUGAGAGGAACUGCACAGGGAUGGGCUCCCACCUGGUGGUGAUCAACACAGGAGCUGAGCAGGAUUUCAUCUUCACUCGGGUAAAUGGAACAGUUACAGGCAGCGAAGAAAGGAAUUACUGUAUUGGUCUGACUGAUAAGGAGAAGAAAGGACAGUGGCGCUGGGUGGAUGAGACUCCAUAUAACGAUACUGCAGCGUUCUGGAGACCUGGGGAACCCAGUCCUCACAACAAUGAGAACUGUGUUGUCAUGCAUGUGCCGGGAGAACAAAAUACACAUGGUAACAGGAAUUGGAAUAACGUCCCUUGUUCCAGUGCAUGUCAUCAAAUUUGUGAGAUUGCAACACUUAGAUUUUGA